AACAGAUCAAGUUCAAAGUCAUUUGGAUCUAGUGUUGCUUCCGUUGCCGUCGGCAAGAGUUGGCCAAACAGUUUUGGGCAUAUAAAAGCCAUCGGAGAUCAUCGCAUUCACAGCACACAUCUUUCGUUGAGCGCAGUCUAAACACUUGAAAUCAUGAAAUUCCUGAUCAUUGCCAUCGCCUUCUUGGCCUGCGCAUUCGCCGAUGUCUCGGAGCUUUCUGGCUACGACUACCAGCAGCCAGCUCCUGCUCCCGUGGAAACCUACAUCCCACCUGCACCGCCAGCACCUGCUCCCGUCGAGACCUACAUCCCACCUGCACCACCAGCACCCGAGUACAUCCCACCUGCUCCUGUCCAGGCCGAGGAACCCAUCAUCGAGGAGAUCGAGCAGCCCGCCCAGGACGGCUACCGCUACAAGACCGUCCGCCGCCACGUCUUCCGUCACCGCAACUAAGAUGAAAGCCAUUUGUUAUUGUUAAUUUGUUGACUCGAGUGCAAUUGCUGAAUACCAUCUUUAGAAAUUCACUUGGAGAGUAAAUAUCUAUCUGUGAAAAAUUAUUCGUUGUCUUGUCCUUCUUUGGUUGCUAUCAAAGUUGAGUUCGCAGGAAAAUAUACUACAAAAUUUAAAACUAUACAUAAAAUACUUCCUAAUCGAUGUAUGGAAGGACAAUUUUUAAAUUCAAUCGCCUUAUCAACAGGUUCCCAUCGUCCAAGUGCCCAAGUUCAAUUUGCAAUGCCAAAGUCGCCAUUUGAAUGGGGUUUCCUUGGCGAUAACCAUCGCCCCCUCUGGUUUUUCCGUCAUCCAACCCUCUUUAACCCCGACCAACCCACAAAGGCCUAAACAAACCGCUCAAGGACAAACACAUGUUCUGGCCAACACUGGCAUUCCAAUGAAUUCUCUCCCCAUUUCGAAAGUCUGGCAGUAAAAAGGUCAAACCGUCGACUAGACCAAUUUGACUUAACCAAAAAUUGCUGAAACAUUCAAUGAGCAGGGACAAAAAGCGCUUCCCCUUCCCGGCAAUCGAUUGGCUUGGACUCAGCCAAAGCAAACAAAUCCUCGAUUACAAAAUCAAACAGAGGACAAAAACAAAGGAUGCCGAAAUGGAAAAAAUGUUUGCCCAUAAUGCAAAAUGGGAAAAUAUGCGAAUUCAAUAAGCUGCGAGCGGUUGCUUGGUUAGCUUGGCUGGCUGGACAGAAAGGGCGAUGGCGACAAGGACAUGUGGCUGGGCAGGAUACCUCGUCUCCUCCGUCUGACGGCGCUUACAAGUCAUUUGGGCCAAUUGCUGUUGACUCUGCGCUCUAAGGCGAAUUUCCGCUGCGAAGUUCACAUAUUUUGCACUCACUUUAUGCUGAUGACAUGCAAGUGGCAAAAAUUAUUUGCGCUCGUGCAUUUGGCGACCAACUACAGCCACGUCUCCGAACCAGCCAACGUCGAAUAAUGAGCAGCAAACAAGCUGUGGAAAUCAGCAAGCUAUGGUCUAGGCACUGGGAAAAAUUCUAGUUAAAUAUAAUAAAAUAUUGCAAUAGAAGUAGGAAAUAAUGCUAAUUGAUGAUAAAUCCAUUAUGAAAUGACAGAAGUGGGAGAAGAUUGUUCUGCUACGAAAAAACGUACCUAUCAUAUUAAACUUCUUUCCGGCUUUUCCCAGUGCAUGCGAGAACGGGAACAGACUACAGGAGCAUGAAGAAAAAAUGCCGCCCGACGGCAGACAGCUCCCAUUUCCAUUUCCAUCGUCUUCUUUGUCGUGACAUACGGAAAAUUCCCCACGGAGUCUAUCAACAGUUGAUAAAGCAAAAUGUGCGUAGAGUCAGCCGGAGAAAUGGUAGGACCCUGGAUGGCAUUCUUUUCCUUUUUGGUAUGUACAUAAGUUUAUUAUUUUGAAGGUAAUUGGAUUUGUGUUGCAGCAGUCAAGAAGUCGCCGCAGCAUAAUAAGAAAAUAUAGACGAGGACAUUGAACUUGGGGGCGCGACAAUCCCAACAUAUGCUCAGUGCCCAAGGAAUCGCCUCUGGCCGGGGAGUCCAUCCGCUGGACAUCGCACAUUGGUCAAUGGCCAUUGUUUGCACUCGUAAUUGUUUUCCUAAUGGAUAAAGUCUAUAAAUUUCUGCGACCGACACCCGGCCAAAUGCGAAAUAUGUCACGAAUGUUAAGCGCUUUAUAAACGACUCCAAUGCGUUUGUGGGCAGGAGCGGACUAGAGAACCGGAAUGUCGAGGAUUUAUCGAUGUUGGCCACUCAGCGGGUCGAAGAAAAGGCCAGCGGAUUGCAAUUGCCAAGCGGAUGGAGUCAGAUCCUGAUGCACUUGCCAAUGACUCGUAAAUUAAGACGUUGAUGGAGUUCCCCCUUUUCGAAUUGUCUACGGGAGCUGUCUCCUCGAAAUUUUUUUGUUUCGCUUUCCUUGAUUUGAAAUGGAAAAUGAGAAAAUUUAAGACACAUAAAUUUCAAUAAC